CACCAUGCGUUUGCCACGUGCUGAAUUGUUUGGUUGGUGGGACUAACAGCUAAACGAGAAGACGCAUGCAUCUCCAAGAAUGUACAGGAAAGCACAAGAAAUCAAGAAGAGGAGAGUAAAGUUAGAGAGAGGUCAAAAAACGUAAAUGGGUUUCUGCAAUUGCCAUAAAUGGUGAACCUUUUUGUGCUCAAAACUGAAUAUGUACAGCUUAAUCGUCAUGGGAUUAAAAUGGGUGGCUUCAAAUUUUAUUUAUAAUACGGAAGAGUUGAGAUCCAGCAAGGCUGAAACUACCUUUCAAUGGGGAGGAACCAUUUCUGCUCUAUUCUUGUUGAUCCUGAUUCGAACAGGCCAGAGAUCAGCCUUACAGACUACCCUUCUAGUGUUGUAUCUGUUUACGAGUUUUCCAACAACAAUGUUCAAAAUUUUAAGAGGACAAUUUGGUUAUUGGAUUGCCUUUCUUGCUGUUGCAGCAAAUUUAUUCUUUCCUGAAACCUUUCCAGUUUCUCGUUUCAUACUAUUUGUCAUCACACCUAAUGGGCUGGCUAAUGGACUUCGUGAUACCAUUGUUGGUGGUGUGUUUUGUCUCAUAUUGGCAGUUUCACUUGUCAUUACAGAGCUUCGAGGAAUUGGAGGAUUCAGGAAUUGUGAAUGUAAUUAUCAAUGCUUUUUCUACUGUCUUGGUCACUGACCGACUCCAUAAAAGACUUGAAUUUCAAGAUAUUAGGUGGGUUUUGUGGAUGCUUGGGAUGCUUCUUUGUCGGGUUUAUAUGCAUAUAUUAGUGCUUUGACCUGGUUUUGUUUCUGCUUCCUGGAAGUUUUCAAGUACGCGAAUACCAAAUUACUUCAACUAGGCGAAAAAGUCAAGUCUGGUGGCUGCUUUAGACUCUGGCAAUUCAACUGAUCGCAACAGCAGUUAGGGCAAUUGUUCUUUUUUAGGCUUAUCUAUUUAUUUAUUAUUUGAAGGAAAAGCCAGAUAACCCAUUUUCAUCGAA